AUGUGUUUCCUUUUACAGGUUGUCAGGGAUCCUUUCAAGGCAUCCGGACAACUACUCAGUAUUCAUUCCUUCAUCCUCCAGGACGGGCGUCGAAAACAGCUUCCAUUGGCAUUCGUAUUGAUGUCGAGGAAGACAGAAGAGGACUAUGUUGCAGUGCUUCAAGCCAUUGUGGACUGUUUGCAGGAGACCAGUGUGGAAGAGUUCAUGGUGGAUUUUGAAGUUGGUGCCUGGUUAGCCAUUCGCCGAGUUUUUCCAGCAGUGGCCAUCAAAGGGUGCAUCUUCCAUUGGACACAGGCUGUCUGGAGACACGUGCAGUCUUGUGGUUUGGUGAGAGCAUACAAGGAGCAACAAGCAGUCCACAAGUACAUCAGACAGCUACUUGCGUUACCCUUCCUGCCUGCCCAGCACAUCAUUGAAACCUUCCCACACCUGAGAGACAGAGCCAACACUCCUCAACUCCAAGACUUAGUCGACUACAUCGAUCGCCAAUGGUUCCGUCACCGGGUCUUCAGGGUUCAAGACUGGUCUGCGUUUCAGCGCACCAUCCGUACCAACAAUGACGUGGAAGGGUGGCACAACCGAUUGAACACUAUGGCCAGGCACGGGGGAGUCCCUUUCUACAAGUUAGUGCCACAGUUGCGACAGGAGGCUGACAUUGUUGAUGUUACUGUUCGUUCUGGAGACUUGGAGAGGGAGAUCAAUCGUCGCUACACAUCUUUAGAGAAGAGGAUCCAGAAAGCGUGGGAUGAGUACAUGACAGAUUCAUGGUCUACAAGUCACUUCCUCCGUGCCAUCUCCAUGUGUUACAGCCCUUCAGUCGACACCACUGACUUCGAGUGAACUAAGUGACUUAAAAUCAUUCCGUGUGUCUUGAAAUGAAAAGUGAUUUCCUCUUGUGAAUAAUUCUGGAGCGGCGUGACAUGACUGUUUGGUGUUCCAUGUGUUUGGUUGUGAUGUGAUAUGUCACAUAUUUUGCAGUUAUUAUUGUAGUGCUUGUCAAAAAUUUAUUGUGUGGUGCUUGUUAAAUAUUUAUUUUGUAGUGCUUGUUUGAUAUUUAAUUUGUAGUGCUUGUUUGAUAUUUAUUUAUGAUGAGAAUCAGACGAUAAAUAAAUUUUGAAACUUUCUAGGUUUCUUGUUUAUCCAUAUGCAGAAAGAGGG